AUGACGACGAGCGACGCUGCGCCUCCCUUCCAGCCUGUCGCCCAACAAAAGCAACGCGACCGUGACGCAAAGAUCCCAGCCGAGUGGCGCCUGCCUCCCUCGCUGCUGGACAGCCUGCACAUCCCACCGUCUGCAAAGAUCGGGACGGCCUCGCCGCUGCCCUGUCCGGUCGAUGUGCGCAAAGUCAACGUGCGCGACGUGCCACGGACAUGUGGGAUACUGACAGAGAAAGAGGUCGACAUCGUUGGCCUCAACCCAGUUCAGCUCGUACACCGGCUGCAUGUCGCGCGCGACCUCAGUGCCUUCGAAGUGGCGCAGGCAUUCUGCAAAUCGGCAGCGGUUGCACACCAGCUGACGAACUGCCUGACAGAGAUUCUUUUCGACGAGGCACUCGCUCGAGCACAGCAGGUCGAUGACUAUCUAGUACAGCACGGCAAGCCGAUCGGUUCACUUGCAGGUGUCCCAAUCAGUAUCAAGGACAACUUUCGCAUCAAAGGACACGAUGCAACCCUCGGCUUUGCAUGCUGGGCAAACGAGCCGGAUACGUACGACUCGACGCUGAUCACCAUCUUGCGAGAUGCCGGCGCUAUCCUCUACUGCAAGACAAAUGUCCCGACUGCCAUGAUGAUUGCCGAGACGCUCAACAACCUCUGGGGGCGAACGCUGAACCCGUACAACCUUGCUACUUCCUGCGGCGGCUCGUCCGGCGGCGAAGGCGCGCUCAUCGCUCUGCGCGGCAGCCCUCUAGGUGUUGGCACGGACAUUGGCGGUUCGAUCCGCAUCCCAGCGGCACUCUGUGGGCUGUACAGCCUCAAGCCAUCCUUUGGCCGCUUCCCCACGCACAACGCGCGAAGCGGCAUGGCUGGGCAAGAAGCGGUGAAUUCGAUCAACGGACCGAUGACGACAUCGCUCGACGCCAUCGAGCUGUUCGCGUCCGCCGUCGUCGGCUCGCAGCCAUGGCUUGUGGACCCGAAAUGUGUACCGAUCCCCUGGAAGCCCGUUGGAGACAUUGAGCGGAAGCUGCCGCAGAAGGGCCUCGUCUUUGGCCUGCUGAGGCAUAACGGCGUCGUCAGGCCAACACCGCCCGUGGCGCGUGCGCUGGAAAUGACCGCCAAAGCUUUGGAGCAGGCCGGGCACGAGGUCGUUGUGUGGCACGUCGAAUCCAACGAGUUCGCUGACGCCGCGCGCAUCUUGGAAGCCUUCUUUGCGGCGGAAGGCAGGCAUGGUAUCCGCAACUUGCUCCUGCAGGGCGGGGAAGGUGACCACUGGGUCAAAGGUCUCAAUCCGGUCGUCAAGCCUCUCACUCUGAAAGAGAUAUGGGACUUGCAAGCGGAACGUUCAACAUGGUCCGCCAGCAUCCUCGCGCACUGGUCGCGCAUCAAAGGCUCGUCGGGGCGCCUAAUGGACGCGCUCAUAUCUCCCGCCACUCCUUAUGCAGGCGUUCCGCACGACACGUUCACGCACGUUGCAUACACAGGCGCAUGGAACCUUACUGACCAGCCUGGCGUCACGAUUCCGAUCACUGUCGCAGAUGCCUACGUCGACGAUGGCCAGAACGAAGCUUUCCUCAGCGAGGUCGACCAGAAGGCAUGGAGCAGCUACGAUGCGAAACUCGUGGACGGAUCACCCGUCGCUAUCCAAUUGAUCGGCCGACGGCUGCAGGAGGAAACGCUUCUCGCCCUGGCAAAAGUGGUAGAUGCCGCCGCCUGCUUGCGAAGCAUAUAG